AUGCCAUUGUUUGAUUCAGUGAGAAAUUUUGUACAGUCACCGACUGAAUCAAAAGUGAGACAGGCUACCGAUGACGAUGAAACUAGCGGUGCUACUGGCACUUUGAUGAACGAAAUAUCUGUUCUAACAUAUAGCCCCAAGACUUUAAAAGAAAUAGUUCAAAUUUUGAAAAAAAGGUUAACAGGAUAUAGUAAAAAAAAUUCACAUAAGAAUUGCGUUCAUAUACUUAAGACAUUGACACUUAUCACAUACUUGAUUAAUAAUGGAUCCAACGAUUUUAUUGCAUGGACAAGAAGUAAUAUAAUGUUGUUUGAGUACUUAAAAAACUUUGAGGUGCAGAAUCUCGAGGAUGAAAAAAUGGGCCAACAAAUAGUAUUUAUAUGCAACGAUAUAUGCAACAUCAUCAAUGAUGAUGACAUGCUGGAACAGAAAAGAAAAGAUGUUGUUCAGUUCCGUUCCAGUAUCUCAUUCCCGGGAAGGAAAUCCACAGAUAAUAGCCAUAUAAAAACAAACAGCAGUGCGACUAGAGGCAGAACUGGGUUUUCAUUAAGAGACAGAUUCGAUGAAAGGAUCAACCAGAAAGAGAAACAAAUCGACUCUACCUCGGAGACUGUGAAUGAGUAUCAAUUCGUGUCAAAUUCAUCCUCCACUUUCCGUGGGGGCACAACCAGUCUCGAUCUGAAACGUAGAUCAGAGACAUUAAGAAGAAACAAUAUAAACACCACAAACUCAGAUCUAUGGGCAUUACCAGAAGAAGAUAGUUUGCGUCCCGAUCAUCUGCUGGAAAAGGAAAACCAACUGGAAUACAACACAUCGCUGUCUUACAAUAAUCCCUUCGACUAA